AUGCGUUGUCAUAUUGACAGUUAUCAAAAACAUUUAAGCAUGGAUGGACAUAAGGCUUUAGAAUUAUUAAUUUUUAAAGAUGAAGGAAUGCCCUCCGAUUUAAUAGAACGCCUUUCAAUAAAUUUACAAUUAACAUGCGAUUAUUUAAAAAUAAAUAGGGAUAAAAUUCAAGAAAUACCUACGGUUGUGCAGAUAACAGGAGAUUUCUGUGAUUCAGAAGAUAAAACUAGCAUUCUUUGGGAUUAUAUCUGUUGUGGAUUUUAUAUUUUAAUCGAUUGUAUUAAAGUUCCAGAAGAUGAUAAAAUUCCAAAUUUAAUACCUGGUGUUGGUAUUCCAUUAAACGUGCGUUCACAAUUUAAAACAUCUCCACAAGAAUCUUUAACAAUUAUUCAAAAGUAUACUCGUUUGCGUUCAUGUGCUGCUGGACUUUUAUUAUGUAAUAAAAAUUUCGAAAUACGUAAAUUUAUAUUAAGCAGACAUUUAGGUGAUUUAUUAGCUGCUUUGUUUCAAUUAUCUUUUGCUCCACUUAAAAAGCCUAUACAUGCAACGAAUGAAUUUCAAAUAACCGAAGAAAUAUGGGAAAAGUUGCAAAGUGAUCGACUAUUUUUUCGAAACAAUUUAAAUAAUUUACUAAACUCAACAUAUUUACCUGCUUUAAUUAGAGAAAUAAUGGUUCUAAUGGGUGUACAAAAACCUCCGGCGCCGAGAUGGUUAAAAAGUGAAUCUUCAAGAAUGUUAUGCGAUUUAUUAGUUAAAAAAGAUGGCAUUUUAGCAUUAUGUUAUGCAAUGUUUGAAAGUUAUACUGUUGAUAUUGGCGCUCAAUGGAAGCAAAUGGAAAUUCUACAAAAGUUAAUAUUUGAUAUUGGAAAUUCAAGCAUUUUACCAAAUUUCUAUGAAAAUGUAUCUUCUCAAAUAUUAAAAAUGUUAUCCGAAGUUGAAGAUGACAAUUCUAAACAUUUAUAUCUAAUUAUAACAAGAUUAUUUUGUAAAUCGAUUAUCGAACAAAAAAGAGAAAUUUUUGAAACCGAAAUAUUUAGUGUUAUUAGUAAACCAUUAGCCAAGUGUACAAAAAUUGAUAUAAAUGAAGAAUUAGUUGUAACACAAAAAUAUGAAAAUUUAAAUACAGAUGAUUUUGGAAAUUCUGAGGGGCUAUUUUUAUCAUUAAUGCUGUUAGAUAUUCUUAUUGACAAUUCAAUUGAACUGAGUCAAUUGACUGGUUGUAUAAAUUCAUUGGAAGCUGUUGCAAAUAAAACUAAAAACGUUGAGUUGAAAACGUACAUUACACAAACAUGUACAAAAAUACGAAAUGGUGGCAUCGAUAAAUCAAAUAAUGGGAUCAAAUCAGAAUUUGACCAAGCAUUGGAGGAAAUUUGUGAUCCUUUAUUGCCAGUUCGAGCUCAUGGAUUAAUGUCGUUAAAGAAGUUAAUUGAAACGAACGAUAUAACUGCAUGUGCUAGAAAACAGUAUAUUUUAUGUAUAUUUCAAGAAAAUUUGAAAAAUACGGACAGUUACAUAUACUUAGCGGCCAUUAAUGGAAUUGCUGCUCUAUCUACAAUUUAUACUGACAAUGUUCUUGAUAUUUUAACAGAAGAAUAUGUAAACAUGAAAGAAUGGCGGAAUGAGGAAGAACAUCAUAGAGUACGUUUGAAUUUAGGUGAAGUUCUUGUACAAGUUACAAAAAAGCUAGGGGAAAUGGCUCCUAAAUAUAAAACCGUUUUGCUGAAUACGUUUUUAUUUGGAGUAAAGGAUGAUGAUAAUUUAAUUCGAACAUCUAGUUUAUCGAACUUAGGACAAAUUUGUGAAGUUUUGGGAUAUAAAUUAGGAAAUGCAACAAUAGAGAUUUUACAUUGUUUAGAUUCAAUUAUAGAAACAGAUAAAGCAAUAGAAGCUCGACGUGCUGCUGUUAUGGUUAUGUAUCAAUUGUUGAAAGGUUUUGGACCAGAUACAAUUGUAUGUCUGAAAGAAGCACUCCUACCUAUUUAUCGUAAAUUAAAGGAUAUUUAUAUCCAUGAAAAAGAUGAUACUAUGCGAUUACAUGCACAGUUAGCAUUAGAGGAGUUAAAUAAUUCAACUAGAAAUUUUUUACUUCCGCCGACUCACUUAAACAAAACUAUAAAUAUUUUUGGUGAUAUUUCUCUUCAAUGAUCCGUUAAAUGCAUGUAAGCUAUUUUUGUAUUUGAUUAAAACUGUUGUAUGAUUAAGGUUGAAUGUUAGAUAUUCGGACGUCGGAUACAUAGGCAAUAAGUGGACAGUGUAUAGAAUGUCUCGGUUAUCGAAUGACGUUGUAAUGUAGGAUAAUAUAUUUGCAACGUAACACGACUUACGGAAAACGACGUUGGACUAUUUGAACUAUGCCCUGUAUAUACGGAAAUUAAAUGCAAAAAUCUACCUAUGCUAAUAUGAAAGCGUGAUAUUUAUAACAACUUCAAAUAUUAAACUUAAAAGUGAUUUAGAUACUUAAAAAGAAUCGAAUGCUUUGGAAAACAUCUUCAAUAGCAUCGAAACAUUUAAAACUAAAAUAAAAAAUAUAAAUAAAACUAAAAUAUGAUAAUUUUGU